AAUAAGCGUCCGCGGUGAAGCUCCCCUGCUGGUUCUGCGCGAUUGAAGAGGACUUUGUCCGUAAACGUUUUGUGUUUUGUGUUUACCUCUCGUGUUAAGCUACGGUAAACAUGGCCACGGAAAGAUCGUCCACCAAAGCGGCACUGAAGCAGACGCUACUGUCCCUGUCGGUUUCGCUGUCGUACUACUGCAUCGGGCUGGUCCGGGGAUACUCUGCACCGGCGGUACCGUCCAUGCAGGACACCAUGCCCGAGCUGCUGCCCACGAAGAGCAUUGCGUCCUGGGUCAGCUCGAUACCACCGUUCGGGGCGUUCUUCGGCAGUCUGGUAGCGUUUCCGUUGAUGCACCGAAUCGGACGCAAGUACACGGUUCUGAUCGCUUCCCCGCUCUGGGCCACCUCCUGGGUGCUGGUGGCUACCGCCACCGACUGGCACGUCCUCUUUGCGGCCCGCAUGAUGAUGGGCUUCGCGGCGGGCCUGUCACUGCCGGCGGCCCAGGUGUACGUGACGGAGUGCAGCGAUCCGAAGAUACGCGGCGUCAUCGGAUCCCUACCGGCCCUGGCCAUGUCGUUCGGCAUUCUGGUGAUGUACGUGAUGGGCAAGUUCUUCGAGUGGCGCCAGCUGGCGUGGAUCUGUUGCGGGAUGUCCUGCUGCCUGUUCCUGGCCGUGGCCUGCUUUCCCCAGAGUCCGGUGUGGCUCAACACGAGGAAGCGCUACGAAAAGGCGCACACCUCGGCCAAGUGGCUCCACCUGGAGGGAUUCUCGUGCGAUCCGAAAGCCACCAUCGGCGGCCAGCUGGUGGUGGCGGCGAAGGCUCCGGCUCAGGUACCGGUGCCUCCGAAGCCGUACUCGCGUGAAGCACUGCUGCGGCGAGAGAUUCUCAUCCCGCUCGGGAUCGGCCUGACGCUGCUGUCGAUCCAACAGAUGAGCGGCAUCGAUGCGGUCAUCUUUUUUACGGUGGAAAUCUUCCGCGCGGCCGGAACCUCCCUCGAUAGCCAUCUGGCGACGAUCAUCGUCGGCACGGUGCAGGUGCUGAGCAAUCUGAGUGCCCUGUUCGUGGUGGACCGCUCCGGACGCAAACCGCUACUGAUCCUGUCCGGUGUCAUCAUGUGCAUCGCGAUGGCCUCGAUGGGGGUCGCUUUUCACCUGAACUCGGCCGGCAACACGGACUUUGGCUACCUGCCGGUCGUGAGCUUAAUCGUGUUCAUGAUCGGCUUCUCGAUCGGUUUCGGGAGCAUUCCGUUUCUGCUGAUGGGCGAGCUGUUCCCGACGGCGCAGCGUAGCCUGCUGAGCUCCCUGGCCGGAUCGUUCAACUUGGCCAUGAUGUUCACCGUCAUCAAAACGUACCACCCGCUGGAAGAGCUGAUCACCACCUCGGGGACGUUCCUCAUGUACAGUGUGCUCUGUGCGCUCGGCGUCGUAUUUGUCAUCACCUGCGUGCCGGAAACGAAGGGCCGAGAGCUCGAGAGCAUACAGAAGCUGUUCGAGCGGAAACCAAAGCCAACCAAAGACGUCGAGCCGGGCGGUAAGCGGGGCCACGACAACCCCGUCAGCACGGUGGCGGACGAGCGCGACGACACGAGGCUAUAGGAGCCGGACGAUCAUCACGGUAGAUAGUCAAUGAAAAAUCACCCUUUAUAGUCAACUCACUGAUACACUGAUUAGCGUUUAUUGCACAUCAAAAUUGAAAUGACGCGCCACGGCGCGGGAUAUUGUAAGACACUAAGGACACGUCGUUACGUUGGAAAAUGAGAGAUUAAAAGCAUUCAAACGAAAUGAAAUCUAAUCGGACAAAACAAGGGCAUUAUAUCGACUAGGCGGGCGGCCUAUUGGACGAGGAAGUAGUAGUAGUUUUUGAAGAUCAUCGGUGCCGUUUCGUCCGAGAUGAAGUUACGGUCGGGGCGCUUCGAGCCGUACGGAUUGACGGUCGGCCCUUGGAUGAUCUGCAGCGGGCGUACCGAUUCUUGCACGAGCCGCUGCAGAUCGAGCGGUGACUCGAGCUCGGUGUACGAGGUUACCACGAUCGGACAGCCGGCCCCGGUGGCGUCACGGAUGGUGCGGGGCCACGAAUCGACGCCUGCGUAACCGGUGGUACGGUGCAGGCCGGGGUUGAAGAAACAGAUCAGAUCCGGCGGCCGGUAGCGCUGCGGCGAGCUGCGGUACUCGUGGUACAUCGUGCGACUCUGGAAAUCGAACGCCACCACGCGAC